GCUCGACCGUCUUUCCGCUUUCUGUCCUUCACGGGGUCUGUAGCUUUGCUUUGGGUAGCAACUUAAAACUGUUUAUAACCUCGCAAACAUGCCCAAGCUGAGCAAAGAGACGAAGCAGCGACUUCAGCAGGUCUUCCAGUGCGGACAGUUCAUUAUUCGGUGGGGUUUUAUCCCCACUGUUCUUUACCUAGGGUUCAAGCGUGGAGCAGAUCCUGGAAUGCCAGAACCCACAGUUCUAAGUUUGCUUUGGGGAUGAAGGAGUGAUGAUGAAGUGCUCCUGCAGAAGACCAGAUCGUCUCUACAUCCCUUCUCUUGCCGAGGUGUUUAUUCGUCAUCUUGGAAGGGAUGCUACGCCUGCACAUGUCCUUGAACUGUUUCAGUUUUCACUCUUCUCCAUCUCCCCGUAUGGGAACGUUGCUUUUAACGUGUCUGGACCAUGUGAUUAGAAUAUUUUGUAUUUUGUCAUUUAUAAGUUAUUCCCUACAUUCAAUUUUGCUCAAAUUCAUUGUUUCAGUGUUUACACCAAUAGGAGCAAAUAAAUAAUGAAACAGCAGA